UUAAAAGACUCCGCCCUGAAACAGCGGAGGCUCCAUUUUGUUGUAUCCCGCAUUGCAGUCGACGGUUAUUGGGCUUGGAAAGAAUACAAAAAACAAAACAAAGAGUAGCUCCGCAAUCCCCCCCGCGUUUAAAAACAAUAAAAUAAAACGAGGCCAUCAGCAUGAGUGGGUGUCGUAUCUUCAUCGGCCGACUGAGUCCGUCGGCCAGAGAGAAGGACGUGGAGAGGUUUUUCAAAGGAUACGGCCGCAUUCGGGACAUUGACCUAAAGAGAGGCUUCGGCUUCGUGGAGUUUGACGAUCCCAGAGAUGCUGAAGAUGCCGUGUAUGAGCUCGAUGGCAAAGAGCUUUGCAAUGAAAGGGUCACCAUUGAGCAUGCUCGUGUGCGCCUGCGGGGGGGCCGCGGGCGAGGAGGUGGCGGUGGAGGCGGACGCUUCUCUGACCGCUACGGUAGAGGUUCACAGAACAGUCGGAGCCGAAAUCCUCCUCCGAUGCGCACUGAGAACCGUCUGAUUGUGGAGAACUUGUCCUCCCGCGUCAGCUGGCAGGACCUUAAAGAUUUCAUGAGACAAGCUGGAGAGGUGACAUUUGCAGACGCACAUCGGCCAAAACUCAACGAAGGGGUGGUUGAGUUCGCCUCUCACAGCGAUCUAAAAAAUGCUCUUGAAAAACUGUCAGGAAAGGAAAUCAAUGGAAGGAAAAUUAAGCUCAUCGAAGCAGCCAAAAAGAGGUCAAGAAGCCGAUCGCGCUCAGACAGCUCGUCCCGCUCGCGCUCUCGCUCCCGCGGCCGUUCCCAGUCCCGCUCUCCCCGACGUUCCCGGAGCCCCGGCAAGGCCCACCACCGCUCCCGUUCCCGCUCCCGCAGCGGCACGCCGGCGCGCGGCACCUCCUCGCCCAGCCCCAAGUCCAAGGAGCCCAACAGGCGCUCGUCCAGGACCAGCAAGUCGGUAACGCCGUCCUCGCCCCCGCCGGCCCAGAGGGCCUCCAGGUCCCGGUCCAGGUCCCGUUCACGUUCCCGCUCUCGCUCCAGAUCGCCCCGCUCCAGAUCUCCGCGCUCCCGCUCUCCUUCCACUGACAGUCAGCGCUGAGCUAACCGGGAGAGGCUGGUUUCCCAGCCGCUCCUGCUGUUGAGAGAAAUGUUUCUUUUGAGCAAGUUUUGUUUCUAGUGACUGUCCUCGCGGUAUUUUUUUUUAUUUUAUAUUUUUUUUACAGACGCAUUAACACUGAUGUAAAUCUAAAUUCACGCAAAGUUUUGUUCCGAUUCCCAAUUGGCAGGUUGUUUCCAGAAUGUCUCUGAACCCUCUAAAUCCGUUUUUUUAAAGCUGUGCAGUUGAGCCUAUAAGAUGCGAGGUGAGCCGCCAGACAUCCCCGUCACAGGUCUAAGCAGGGAAACCUGAACGGAGGCGCUGUUUAUUCAGGAUGAUUUUGAUUUAAUUAUGGGACCCUGUCAUCGCUCUGGAUCAUCAGGUGGGACCUUCAUGUCCAGCGCCUCCAUUCUUCAGGAUUCUCCUCCGUUCCCAUCCAGCUGUACAUAAAAUGUACCUGUAUGCGCUGCUGUUUACUGCCAAUUAGGCCCGUUGUUUGUGCUUUCUUUCCCCAGGCUCACAGCUGUACAGUGGCACAUUAUUCCAAUGAUUUCAAAUCUGUAAUUUAUCUUCAUGUAUGCUACAGUUUUAUUGCAACCACUGUUGAUAAUGCUUUUGUACAGAGGCAAAGCUCCUGAGGACGAAGCUGACCCUUCAGUUGCACUCUGUAAGCAAUAACGUUGCUUAUAGGAGUGACUUUUCUUAAAUUAGGGAUUAAUGUACAUACUGCAGCCUUCUGUUAAGUGUUUAAAUGUGUACAUGUUACCUUUAGGGUACUUUGACAGACGUUAUUGUGGGUGACACCAACAUACAGACCAGGAUCUGAGGGAAAGGGUUUUUUUUUGUUUAGUUUUUUUGUACAUGAGGAUUUUUUUUAUUUUCAGUGAAGAUAGAUGUUUGUAUGGUGUUUGAAAAAUAGACUUGAUGAAUAAAUCGGUUUUAAUAAA